ACUGUCGAUAUCAAAAAGAAGAAGACAGGUUAGCUGCUAUUAUCGAGAGAUUAAGGAUAUGUUUCUUUUUUCCUAAAAUGUGAUGUGUUUUUUUAACGCAAUGCUGACUUGAUAGCCAUCUGAAUGUAGUCAAAUUGCCUGAACGAGGACAUUUACAGUCGGACUGCGACUAAUGUCUUAGCCUUAACUUUCCCAGCUUGCCUUGAACUAGAAGAGCAGAAGACAAGAUGCUGCUGAAGAUGCCCCAGAAGCUGCUGAAGACUGCUCACUACAUAGAGCUGGGUAGCUACCAACACUGGCCAGUGCUGGUACCCCAGAGGAUAAGACUGUACACCUAUGAACAAAUCCCCCUCUUUCUUAAAGAAAACCCCUACAUCACAGAUGGCUACAGGGCUCACCUGCCCUCCAAACUCUGCCUGAGGAGUAUUUUUAUUUUAUCCAAUGAGACUGUGAAUAUUUGGAGCCACCUUCUGGGUUUCUUGCUUUUCUUCUCUCUGGCUGUGAACGACCUCUCCUCAGUACUGCCAGCCUCUGGAGCCAACAGAGAGGACUAUGUAAUCUAUGCUAUAGGACUGUUCUGCUUCCAGGUGUGCAUGUUGUGUUCUGCGGGGUACCACCUAUUCUCUUGCCACCGAUCAGAGAAGACUAGCCGUCGCUGGCUGGCGUUGGACUACGCAGGCAUCUCUGUUGGCAUCCUGGGCUGUUAUGUACCUGGACUCUUCUAUGCUUUCUACUGUAAUGCUUUUUGGCGACAAGCCUACCUGCUGACAGUCCUGUCCCUGAUCCUGGCCAUCUUCUGUGCUCAGGUCCACCCUCGUUACCUCAGCAACGACUGGCGACGGAUACGAAUGACGAUCUUCUGCUGCGUGGCAGGCAUCAGCGUGAUCCCUGCAUGUCACUGGGUCUGGCUCAAUGGAGGGUUUACCUCUGAUGUUGUACAGCUGUUCCUGCCUCGCGUGAUAGUGAUGUACCUGAUAGCUGCGUCGGCCUUCCUGUUCUAUGUCACCAAAAUCCCUGAACGCUAUUUCCCUGGCCAGCUGAAUUACCUGGGCUCCAGCCACCAGGUGUGGCACAUAUUGGUGGUGGUGAUGCUUUACUGGUGGCAUCAGACAGCUGUUCACAUCAUGCACUUUAGACACAGCCAGGCCUGCCCGGUGCAGACCAGCAGCAGCUAAGUUAAACUGAUCAAAUAACAUGAUGGAUAGGCAGUCAGUUUGAGGCCAGUAAUUGUCAGUAGAAACUUAUUGUGAUAAUAUUCAAAGACUUCUUGCCAGUUUGCAGCUGUUUAAAAGUUGCUGCCUAAUGGAUUUUCAACCACUAACUACCAGCAGCUCCUGACUUCAGUAUUAGCUGCUCCACUGAGCCAUCAGUUACUGUCUGGCAGCUUGUAGACCAGUAUCGUCUCCAAGUCAACUGUAACUAACAUUAUAUAUCACCUAAGAGUAUUUAGGAGCUAUUGUAAAUCUUAAAUUCUCUUCACAAAAGAUGAACUGAUGUCAAAGGUGAUGUAGCUGCACCACACAGAUCCUCAUCAUCAUUUUCUGUGCUCAGGUCCACCUGACGGACAGAAAAUAACCCUCAAUGUUGCACCAUAACCAUUAAGAUCAAUGCAUGAAACAAGAAUUUAAACUUAUUUUAGACUACUGUGGUGUUUUUAAUUGGUGAUCAUGUUGUAUCAUGGUUGGCUUAGAUUGUAACAUUUUUUUGUACUGAAGUAUUGAAAAACUAUAAGGAUUCUUUUAAAUCGAACAUAAUAGCCUGUGUAAACAAUGAAGUUUUCUGCAUCUAAUUUUGUUUUCUGUAUCAGUUUCCACAAGAUUACGUUAUAUGAAAUGUCUCUAUGAAGAGUAGAGGGGCAAAGCAUGACAACAAAAGUUUUUGUCACUUCCGAACAAAUGAUCAAAGAUCUGUCAGCAAUCACUGUAAAGUUGCAUGAUUGAAAAUAAGAGAGAAUCUUAUUUAGGCUUUAGUGCAUUUUUUUUUUCGUAGCACAGCCUGAUUUGUGUCUUUUUCUCUUCUUUGUGUACUGUUUUGUCUUUGGAACAAAUGAGCUGGCAGUAAUGAAAAAAAAAUACUUUUUACAGGGGCCAAAGUCAGUAUGUCAUAGCAGCCUAAAUUCCAGAGCAGCACAGUUAAUCAACAGGUUGUACAAUCAUCUCCUUUGCUAUAUUUAUCAUUAUUAGAGAUUAAAUUCAGUAAACAGGACAUGUCAUCACAAGACGAGUGGUGAAAGAAGCCUGACUCAAUUUAUGGCUAAAUAUAUUUAUCAUCUUCACUCCAUAUUAGACUCCUGACAUCAUGUUGCAUGACUUUGGAUGCUGAUUUGUUUAUUAGUUUUCCUCUUUUAUCUAUUGCAGCUUUAACUUGUAGAAGAUAAAUGUCAACAUGCGGCUGUAGCCAGUAGACAAGUAAUAACUCAAUUGAGAUUUCCACUGAGGGCAUUUAAACAUUGCUGUUUAUAGGGUGGUUCCUCCAAAUCACAGUGGGGGAAAAAAUCAUUUACUUUACUGGUAUAAACAUGGUUCUAACUUCAUGUGCACUGAAAAUGAUUACAAACAAUAGCACGUUAACAAGUGUAAGGACUACCGUGUGUCCGUGUGGUUCGAAAACCUGCACAAAUCCUGAAAAAGUGGCUUUAUUUUUAGUGUGUCUUUAUUUUUGAACGUGAACGUGAACGUGGCCCUCCAGAUACCAUAAAAUGCUUGAUCCUUUUUUUAAAAUAAUGUCAUGAUAGUUUUAUCCUUUCGUCAGCAUCAUUUGUAUGAUUAAGUAUUGGCACCGAUGUGCAAGAUGUAUAUUAUUUUUUUCAGUGCCUAUGUGAAAAUAUAUUUUUCAAUAUUUUGAAUGAAUAAAGAAUGCUGGGAAACAGAA